AUGGCAGAAAAGCAGGAGGACCCCAGCAACGCUCAGAACGGUGAACCUGACAACGCAGAAGAGGGCGAGGGAAAAAAGAAGAAGAAGGUGAAGCGGGAAGACCUGCCACCCUUUGAAAUCGUGACAGGGGAGCGCCUCCCAGCCAUAUUUUUCAAAUUCCAGUUCAGGAACGUGGAAUACAGCUCAGGCAGGAACAAAACCUUCCUGUGUUACGUUGUCGAGACCCAAGGCAAAGAGUCAGUGACUUCUCGGGGCUACCUGGAAGAUGAGCACGCAGCUGCCCACGCAGAAAUUGCUUUCUUUAACACAAUUUUGCCCAAGUGCGAAUCAAGUCUCCGCUACAACGUCACCUGGUACGUCUCCUCCAGUCCCUGCGUGACCUGCGCUGAUCGGAUAACCGAGACCCUGAAGAAGAACAAGAACCUGCGCCUGACGAUCAUGGUAGGGCGCCUCUUCAUGUGGGAAGAGCCAGAAAUGCAGGCUGCUCUGAAAAAAAUGAAGUCAGCUGGCUGCAAGCUGAGGAUUAUGAAGCCUCAAGACUUUGAGUAUGUCUGGCAGAACUUUGUGGAACAGGAGGAAGGAGAGGAAGCAAAGGCUUUCGUGCCAUGGGAGGACAUUCAAGAGAACUUCCAGUAUUAUGAGGAAAAGCUGGCUGAGAUUCUGCACUGA